AUGGCUUAUCUACUGCUCUACGUCGACGAUAUCAUCGUCACGGCCUCCUCGACUGCCUUUCUUCAGCAUCUUCUAGAUAGAUUACACAGCGAGUUUGCCAUGACUGACCUUGGUGAUCUUCACUUCUUUCUCGGGAUUGCUGUCAGCCGCUCCUCAGAUGGACUCUUUCUUUCUCACCCUGUUCCUACACAAGUUGAUACUCAGUCUAAACUCUCUGCCACAGAGGGUGAUCUCGUCCCUGAUGCUACUGAGUACAGAAGCUUGGCCGGUGCUCUUCAGUACCUUACUCUGACGCGUCCUGAUAUAUCAUAUGCAGUUCAGCAGGUCUGUCUCCACAUGCAUGCCCCACGGAUGUCUCAUCUUGCUCUUGUCAAGCGAGUUCUUCGGUACCUACAUGGCACCAUGGACUUUGUUCUGCACCUGCAUGCUUCCUCCUCGACUACUCUAACAGCUUACUCUGAUGUUGAUUGGGCUGGCUGCCCUGAUUCUCGACGGUCUACAUCAGGUUAUUGCGUGUACUAUGGAGAUAGUCUCAUCUCUUGGUCCUCCAAGCGACAGACUACGGUCUCCCGCUCCAGUGCUGAGGCUGAGUAUAGGGCUGUUGCUCAUGCUGUCGCCGAAUGCUGUUGGAUCCGUCAGCUUCUCCAGGAGCUUCAUCGUCCUCUACAUUCUGCUACACUUGUCUACUGUGACAAUGUGUCUGCCAUUUACAUGUCUUCUAAUCCAGUUCAGCAUCGCCGUACAAAGCACAUCGAGAUCGAUAUACACUUUGUGCACGAGAAGGUUACACUUGGAGAAGUUCGUGUACUACAUGUGCCCUCCACUCUCCAGUUUGCUGAUGUGAUGAUGAAGGGAUUACCGAGGUAA